AUGACUCAAUCCAGCAACUCGAAACAAUUGUCAUCACGCCCAAGUAGCCCAAUAUCACUAGAUUCCAUGCUCAUGACGAUGCCAACUUCCGACUCCAUGUUCUUUACCCACCGUGCAAGAGCCACGCCGAUGGAUUCACCUGAAGAUCGAACAGCCAUCAUGAUUGAAAUAUUGGAUGAAGUGCUGGACAUGUUGAACGAGGAUGUUUUUGAGGACGAUCACAACAUCGGCAAUCCCAAUGCCAAUCACGCGCUGCAGCAAUGA